AAGGAAGGAAGGGAGGGAGGGAGUUGGGAGCGACACGGUUUCCUAGUUUCGCAGCCACUCUUGCUCGCUUCCAUCUUUUAUUUUCGUCUCGGGUAGGAUUGCUGUUGUAGUAGCAGAAGUCUCGCCAUGGCCAAAAGUUCUUUCAAGCUCGAACACCCUCUGGAAAGGAGGCAAGCUGAAGCUGCUCGUAUCCGGGAGAAGUAUCCUGAUAGAAUACCAGUAAUUGUGGAGAAGGCUGAAAGGAGUGACAUUCCUGACAUUGACAAGAAGAAAUACCUGGUUCCUGCUGAUUUGACUGUUGGGCAGUUUGUUUAUGUGGUCCGGAAGAGGAUCAAGCUUAGUGCUGAGAAGGCCAUUUUCGUCUUUGUCAAGAAUAUCCUACCACCUACUGCUGCCAUGAUGUCUGCUAUCUAUGAGGAGAAUAAGGAUGAAGAUGGUUUUCUCUACAUGACCUACAGUGGGGAGAAUACAUUUGGUGAACCGCUUUGAUUUUUAUGGGCAAUCUAGCUGAAUCACUGUAAAUAAGACCUCAUGGACUUAGAAAGGGAACAUAAAAGGGGGAAGAAGGUGUAAAUUCUCAACAGGUUCUCUGCUUUGAUGCCCCUUUUGGAAAAUACUCUUACGUGUUAAAUGGGAUUCAUUACAACCUAUUUUCAA